AUGGGAAAUUGUUUAAAAAGAAACUAAACUUAGUUAUAAUAAAAUCAAUAAUGCCCAAAAUGCCUUAUGGUUUUUUUGGCGUAAUCAAGUGCUCUUUAGUACUAAUAACAUGUUACAAAUUGUAGAGUUAGACAAAUUUAAAAUCCACCUGCUUAAUUAAGAAACGUUUAAGUUGGUGAUGUGGUAAUCGAGCCGAACCACCAUCAGAAUCCCAAUCCUAAUCCUAAUCCAAAUCCGAGAACCACUCCUCAUUAUAUACAGGAAGAUUUUUAGAAUAGAAAAUAAAAAUAUUAUUGGUGCAAAGAAUUAUUGCCAGGAUCCAAGAUUAAAUAUAAAUGGAACAAGAAAUUAACUCCCCCAAUGCCAGCUGCUAAUGUUUCUGAAAUGCUGGCCUUGCCGUGGGUUCAAAUUAAGAAUUCUGAAUUCCCUAUCAAAUAAACUUGGUUUCGAUUAUAAUUAGAAAAAAAAAGAAUUCCCUGGUAAUAAGGAGCAGAAACUUUAUCUGUAAACAAAGAGAGUUUCUUAAUGACAACACUGAAUAUGUAUAAAGAAAUUAACUGGCACAAAGAAGUUAAGGUUCAUAUUGAUGGUGAUAAAGUAUUGGAUGCAGGAGGACUCCUUAGAGAAUGGGCUAAUUUAAUAAUGAAGGAGAUUAUACACCCAGAAUCAGGUAUGUUUUAAAUAGCAGAUUGCGAUGAUGUAUCUUAUAAAAUCAAUUCUGAAGCAGAUACGGACGAACAUAUUAUAGAUUGUUUUAAAUUAUUAGGAAUUGUUGUAGGUAAAUGUAUAUUUGAGAGGAUACCUUUGAAUAUUUAUUUUGAUAGAUCAAUAAUUAAGCAUAUAAUAGGCUAGCCUAUUUUUUUGGAAGACAUUUACUAUUACGAUAGAUAAUUAUAUUAAUCUUGGGAUUUUUUAGUUAAUAAUAAAUUUGAAGCUGAUGACUUAUCGGAGUAUUUCGUUGUUUAUAGAUAAAGUAAAAGAGAUUACUAUGAAUUGAAAUAGGGAGGAUAAAAUAUUUAGUUGGACAUGGAUAAUUGCCAAGAUUACGUUAAUCUGUGCAUUGAAUAUUAUACGUAUCUAUCAGUGAAGCCGUUUUUGACUGCUUUCUUGUCAUCCUUAUAUAGUAUAAUUCCUAAAUAACUUCUUAGCUUACUUGAACCUUUAGAAUUAGAAAUGAUCCUAUAUGGAACGCCUUUUAUUGAUAUUAAUGAUUGGAGAGAUAAUACUGAUUAUAAAGGUGCUUAUUACAGGACUCAUUAAACGAUUUAAUGGUUUUGGGAAAUUUUGGAAUAAUUAGAUUAAUUUAAUCUUGCCAAAUUUUUAUAAUUUUGUACUGGUUCGACUCGAACACCAGUAGAAGGAUUCAGAAAGCUAGAAAGCAACAGAGGAAACUGUUCUAAGUUUUGUGUCGAAAGUGUACCCUUCACUAAGGCUAGUCCUUACCCAAAAGCACAUACUUGUUUUAAUAGAUUGGAAUUGCCAAUGUAUGAAACUAGAGAAGAUAUCGAAUAACAUUUGAAAGCAGUAAUACAGGCUGAUUUGGAUGGAUAAUUUGGAAUGGAAUGA